UCAGAAGAGAAACAACAGCGCUUCAGAUCUGAAAAUAUAAGCAUCUUCUUCCUCAUAAUUCAAGCAGUCACAAUGGUAAAGGCAUUGUUGAGGGGUCUCAUCGUCCUCUGCCUGCUUCAUCUGUGUGUUCAAAGCAUUCAGGGCGAUGUGAGCCCUGCUGCCCUGGCUAAUAUGAUCCAGUAUUUUGAUGUCAAUGUCCAGCCAAAGGCUGAUGCUCAGUAUGCAAUAGCGAUCUCUGUCCCACAGGAUCAGUGUACGAAAGAAGGAGCUGUAAUCGAGACUGUGUUCAGCAAGGAGGAUGCAAAAUAUGUAAAAGAUGUUAUCACUAAAGGAGAGAAAUGUGUCCUCUGCACAACGUCAAGCAAUGUCAUAGCUACGAGGCCAAAUGGAACGACAAAGGAACAUUCUGAGCAUAUUCUGCUCUAUCCACUCGGUAAUUCUCCCAUGGACAAACUUUUAAAAAAGACAGAUCAGAAUAGCUGUGUAGUUUUCUAUUCGUACAACUCACCUUGUGUGACAAAGUGCAUACAGAACACAGACAAUAUUUUGGAUGGCCUUUCGAACUGGAAAAAUAUGCGAAAAGAAGGAAUGAAUGUUUUUGUCUUUGAAAAUAUUUGGCAGAAGGACGCCUGGAGGAAGGAUAUGGAAAAAGAUCUCCUACAGAUUAAUGCAGAAGUCCCUCUUUAUCGGUGUAAUAGAAAAAAUGUGAUGGAAUGUCAGAAAUGUGUGGAAAAAAACACUGGGAAGGUAAUUCCUUUCUGUCUGCCUGAAAAGAAAUCAAUAUUUUUGUAUUUCCAGAAAAUGCUUUUGUCAGUGAUCAAAAGCUGGCGUGUUAAUGAAUGAUUUCCGCCUUGUAUCUUUCCUAAAACUUAUUUGCCCAGCAUACAUUGGGCUAUGAAAUCAAAAUUAUUGCUCACCGUAAACACACAUCUUUGAAUUAUUAUUCUUGAACACCUGUUCAGUGCCUAAUAAAAAAUA